AAAAAACCUUGAAGCUCAGGGACUUCCGGUUGUGGUAAUUUUGUAAUUUUCUGGGGAAAAUAGAAUUUUCUUCAGGCAAGAAGUUAGUUAAAAUCCUUUUGGGAGCAAUUGCAGGUGAUUCUGUGCAUUUCUUUGGGGAUCUUUAUUUAAUUCUAAUUUGGAAAUUUAAAGUUGAUAAAAGUGAGGUUAUGUUGGUCAAAACAAUAACAAAUGGCGUCUGAAGUUCAGUGAGGAAAGUGAGUUUUUCGUGGGAAAAUCAGUGAAAAAUAUGCAAGAAUCACCUCAACCAACUUUCAAAAAGUCCUCUAUGAGGCCCAAUACCGUUGGCAGCAAGAAGCGAAUGUGGAAAUCGCUGAAAAAGAUCCUAGCGAGUGAGAGAAACCUUCAGUGGAAAGAUGCUGUAACUUACUCCUCAAUCAAUCCACCACCUUCCUUUAAGCCUGUUAAGAAGUAUUCUGAUAUCUCCGGACUCAUAGCUCAGUAUACAGACCCACAAACAAAGCUUCACUUUCACAAUGCUGAAGAAUUCUCCACAGUCCGGAGCCUUCCAAUGGACCUAACUUCUGGAUAUCUGGCUCUACGAGGGGCAACGAGUAUUGUAGGCUAAUCAAGUACGUAUCAUCUCAUUUAUUCAAUAAUCUUGCAACAAUAGAAAUCAUUAACAUGGACGUGCAAAAAUCACUUCACAGAAAGCUGAGACGAAUUAUUUGGUAACUUUAUUAAAAAAGUUUAUUAUAAAUAUUUUUUCUGUGAAUUUUUUUUAAGCCCGGAAAACCAACUCCAACAUUGUAAAAACUCGAAUUGCUCAAAUACAAUUCAAAUAAACUUUCA